AUGGCUCCCUCUUUGGUUCACCGCGCAUUCCACUGGUCGGUCGAUCUGACCUCUCUGCGCGCGGACAAGGCAUCCGCAAAGCACAAGGUUUCCAUGAGCGUGGACGACUCCAAGUCGGUCGGUUUGGGAAAUGCGCCGGAAGGCCCCAUCUCGGCAACGGCCACAGCGAUCACGAGUAAUGCCCAAUCAUCAAAGACCAGUGGCAUGACCACGGUGUACAUUGGUCCCAAGCAGCAGCGUUUCAAGGUCAAUAAGAAGCUUCUCUGCGCUGCCUCACCCUUCUUCCGGGACCGCAUCGAGGACCCUGCCCAACCUCGCUCCGUUUCCAUCUGGCUCCCGGGAGAGUCCCCAUCCAUGUUUGCCAUGUUUGUUGAGUGGCUCCACGACAGAUACAACUUCCGAUUUUACCUCGAGGAUGUUGUGAAGAAGGCGCAGGAAGCUGGACAUCAAGAUGCUCAGGAGACUCACUGGGCACUCAUCCGACUGCACCUAUUUGCUUCACACCUCUACAUACUCUCUCUCCAGGACAAUGCCAUGGACGCAAUCCAGGAUCUUUAUCUCAAGUGCGACUGGGACGUCACCCCAGGUCUAAUCACAUAUCUCUACACGAAAUGCGAGGGCAUCCCCGCUGUCCGUCUCCGUCGCUGGGCUGUGGCAAUGGUCGCAUACUCGCUCUCUCGCUCGCCAUGCCGAUCAAGUUACGCAGACUCCUCCGUUUCACCAACAACUCCCACAUCAUCGCGAUUCGAUGAGUCAGAAUCUUCCGAUCACGCGCGAUUCCAUGACUUGCUCGAUUCGCAAAAGGAGUUCGGUGAGGAUUACACUAUUCAUAUCCAGAAGCUCCAGGUGUCAGGCCUGCAACUUCGCUCCAAAAACCCACAAGUGCGCAUUCCCGCAAAUAAGCUUCGCAACGAAGAGCGUGCAAACGGCUUCCGGGAAUGCUCAUUCCACUCUCAUCGGGCUACAGUUGGGGAGAAGCGGUGCCCUCAUGAGAGAAAGAGACUAUUGCGGGCCAAGACUCAAAUUCCUGAACUCGACACAGCCGACAAGGUUGACGACGAUCAGGCUUCCAGCUUACUUUCGGCUAACUGGAGGACCACACAAGAUAGAAUGUCCCGCUCCCUCUUCCGUGUUGAAGAAGAGGCCGAGCCGGAGCAAGGACUGAAACACAUGAGGUCAAUCUCUAGUACUCUCAGGUGA